UCUAGCCGGAGCACUUCUUGAGACGACCAAGAUCAUGGCAGGCGCUGGAGUCAGUUCACUCUGCGAAAACCCCAACGAAGUCUUUCUAGAUGUUUCGAAAAUAUUGCUUACUUACGCAGACAACAUCCUUAGGAACCCAAAUGAAAACAAAUACAAAUCAAUCCGAAUCGGCAAUCCAACAUUCUCCACCAAACUUCUCCCUGUUCGCGGAGCCGUGGAAUGUCUCUUUGAGAUGGGGUUUGAGGAGGCGGAGACACACCUGGUGUUCCCGGAGACGGCGUCUGUGGAGCAGCUGCGCAGGGUGAGGGAGAUCAUCGCCGGCGAGCGGAGCCGGAGGAUGGGGGCGGGAGCGGGAGCGCCCCCUGCAGGAAGAGCCGCGGAGCAGACGUCCGUCAGGCCUCCCGUCAGGGCUCCCGCCGCUGGAGCCGCCGCCGCUACCGCUGCCGUCCGGUCCCAGCCGCCACCUCCCGCCGCCUCAGCACACAGCUCCUCCCCUGCGAGCAGCAUGGCGUUCUUCCGCACGCUGCAGUCCAACUUCCAGCACGUGCUGCUGUAUGAGACGCCGGCGCUGCAGGACAAGGCCCUCCACUGCAUCCCCCACACACAGCUCCGCACCAGAGCCCAGCAGCGCCUGCAGCAGGCCCAGAGCGCAGACUCCGAGUGCUCUCUGCGUGAAGAGGACCUGCUGGUGCUUGAGUUGCUGCAGUGGUUUAAGGGCGAGUUCUUCUCCUGGGUGGACAGCCUGGCCUGCUCGCGCUGCGGGGGCAAGACCCAAUCAGCUGGCUCGCUGCCGCCCUCCGAAGACGACCUCCGCUGGGAUGGCGGCCGCGUUGAGAAUCACUUCUGCAAAGUCUGCCAGCUCUCCACCAGAUUCCCCAGGUACAACAACCCUGAGAAGCUGCUGGAGACCAGGAGGGGGCGCUGUGGCGAGUGGGCCAACUGCUUCACGCUCUGCUGCAGGGCCCUGGGGCUGGAGGCGCGCUACGUCUGGGACAGCACAGAUCACGUGUGGACGGAGGUGUACUCGGAGUCUCAGGAGCGCUGGCUGCACUGUGACGCGUGUGAGAACGCGUGCGAUAAGCCGCUGCUCUACGAGGUGGGCUGGGGCAAGAAGCUCUCCUACAUCCUGGCCUUCUCCAAGGACCAGGUGGUGGACGUGACGUGGCGGUACUCGUGUGAGCACGCUGAGGUCCGGGCCAGACGGACGCAGGUCCACGAGAAGUGGCUGCUGCACACGCUCAACGCCCUCAACACCACGCGUCAGCAGCCCUUGAGCGGUGAGCGGCGGCAGGUGUUGCUAGAGCGCCUCCUAGUGGAGCUGGUGGAGUUCAUCUCCCCGAAGACGCCGCGGGCAGGAGACCUGGGGGGCCGUGUGUCGGGGUCGCUCGCCUGGAGGGCCGCGCGCGGAGAAACGGGGACGGCAGCACCUGCUCAGGAGGCCGCAGGGUUUGUGUUUGUUCCCACGGAGACGGAGAAGAGUGAGCGAGUGUUCCGCCUCAGCUACAACGUGGUGACGGACAGCUACACGCGUGCCGGGGAGGUCAUCAGGGGGUGGGACACAGCAGCGUGGAGGAGAGAGGCCGUCUUCAGGAAGGAGGAGACCGACUGGAACAAGGUGUACCUGGCUCGGACGGAGGGCUCCAGCGUUGGACGCGUCAGCUGGCGGCUGGACUGUGCGGCUGCGGGGAUGCGGAUCCGGACGGCUACCGUGACGACCCACACGCAGACGUUUGAGUCCGGACGCGCCCGCUGCAGUGUGUGCUCUGGACAGAACAGCACCGACCUCCCUGGAGAUGGCGAGGCCCAUACGUUUCCCGGCCUCGCGGGCGCCACAGAAAUGGUGGUCACGGUGGAUCUGGAUGGAGGGUCGUCAUGGCAACAUGCUCAGCUGUUCAGGCAGGGUCUGGAGGAGACGGACAAAUCCUCGCUGCAGAUCGUCGUGGAGAUGGAGGAUGCCUGAGUGAGAAGGGGCGGCGAACAGCUCAAUCACGCACAGCGCUUGCAGAGAACGGGAGAUCCGGGGAGAACUCGUGCGGUGCUGGAAGUGUUUGCAGAGCAGAUCUCAGGUCAGCUGAUCGCUGCAGAAGAGAGUGGCAGGCAAGCGACUCCAAGUGUAACUAUAUGAAUAUGUUUUACAUUAUACUGUCAACGCCUCAUGGCUAAUCUGAUAAACAGCUGAGAAAGUGCUCCUUAGAGAACAUGGCAAAGGCAUUUUUACCUGCAUCAUUGUUUAUUAUUAUUAUUAUUAUUAUUAUUAUUAUUACUGGUGGUUUUGUAGGGAAAGGAAAUCUGAAAUCUGUAAUGUUUGAUGGACUGUACUGGAAUACUGUUAGUCAUUGAAUGCAAUACAAUUAAGAAUGCAAAUAUCAGUGGGUGAGUGCAGUAAACGUAUGCCUUGUUUUUGUCUGUGUUAAAUAUCUUCCUGUGUGUUGUAUUGUUGUUGGAAAUGUUAAUCGUUCCACAUACAUUUGUUUUAACACUUAAUGCUACCUGGAUGCUAAUACUAUUCGAUUCUGGCUUGAUUGCAUCUCUGAGAUUAAACAUGUUGUUUGUAAAUAAAUAGCCAAAUUGUAAAUAGUUGUGACUAAUGGAAAUUUCCAUUUGUUCUCUAUAUUAAAUUACGAUAAACAAAUGCUUUUCUACCUCUAUGAAGUUGUCACAACACAUUAAAACCUUACACUACUUUUCAAA